CUCCGAAGCUUGGCAAGUUGGGAAGGCGGAAAUUGUGUGGCGAAAUUGAGCGAGAAUCCAGCUUGAAAGACUACUUUGCUAGCUAGUAUUUAGAGAAGUACUGAAUGGGGAAGCACCAUCUUGUGUCAUCAGCUUCAGGGAUUGCGACGUCCUUGAAGCUGCUUUGCAGCGUUUGAAGAGGCUCGGUUCUAGCCCAAGAGAUGCUGGCAGGAUGGAAUCGCAAGCGCUGGUCAAUUACCUUGCACGAGAGGGUUACUGGAGGCACAUUCAGGGAGCAUGUACAGAGGCCUUGCGGAAGCGAUCCGGCGAUUCUGUGCUCCUCUUCUGGAGAGCGUUUGGCACCCUGCAGGAGGGCAGCUUCUCAGAGGCAUUGCGUGAGCUCGAGCCCCUGCAGGGCCAGAGAGAUGUGGAGCUAGCUGCCAUCGCCGCAUCACUUCAUGCGCACUCCCACAGCAGUCUAAUCGACGAAGAGGCCGUCUCCGCUUUGAAACAACAACUAGGCGUGGCGGAGCGCAGCGCCGGGGAGCCCGCUUUUCUGCAGGCGGCACUCUUUCAUUUUCACCUCGGCCCCGCAGAGAAUCUCAAAAAAGCAAACAGCUGUCUGGACCAGGUUCUCAGAUCUCAACCUCAGAAUUCGGAAGCCAGGUGUCUCAAGGCGUGGAUCGAGUUGUCAUCAGCAGACAAAGGGGGCGGCAGAAGGGGGAGCUAUGGGGGGAGGAGCAGCGGGGCAGAUAAGGCCUUGGCGUUCUUUGAGGAGGUGUUGGGGGGAAAUGAGAGGGACCUGGAAGCGAUGCUGGGGCAGGUCAAGUGCUGGGAGGUUAAGAAGGAGUACAACAGGGCGCUGGAGCACAUCAACCAGGUCAUCGUGGCUCACUCCUGGUUCAUCCCCGGACUGACCGAGAAAGCAAAGCUGCUGGUGGCCGUUGGUGACUGGGAGCAGGCUAUGGAGGUCGCGCAGCGCAUCCUGACCGUCGAUCCCGCCAACAUCGACGCUCUGCGCCUCUCGGCGCUCUACCUGCUGAGCCAGGAGAGCCGGCCGCAGAUUGCGCUCAGACACCUGACCGACCUGCUCGACAGCAUCGACCGCACCGAGCCCCGCAACGCGGCCGUCUACUUCGAAUCCGCCCAGCCUCUUGCCCGGUUGGCGGGCAAAUCGGCACCCGCCGUCAUCCAGAAAACCCUAACGCUAGUCGACCGAGCGUGCAAACUUGCCCCGGGGGAUGCCCGGUACAUCGCGGAGUGCGGGUACCAGCAGCUGCUAUCGGGAAACGCGGCCGAGGCGCUGAGGACGUAUCGGCGCGCGUCGCAGCUGGACGAGAUGAACAUGGACGCGGUUUACGGCUCGCUCUUCUGCCAGAUCGCUCUGGGCCAGCUCCAAGAGGCCGCCUCCCACCUCGAGUUCCUCAGCGAGAUGUCCACCUCCGCCGACCCUUCCCCACCACUCCUUUUCCUCUCCGCCGCUAUCGCCCGCCUGAAAGACCGCGACAGCGCGCGCGCGUGCGCGCUUCUCGAACAAGCAGUCGAGGCGCACCUCCGGGCUUUGCGGAGGUUAAGACCGGGGUUAGGCUUUUACGCCGCGUUAGAGCCGGAUCGGCUGCUGGACGCCGCCCGGGAGUUUCUGGCGCAGGCCGGAACGGAACCCCGGGGCCCGGCGGAGCCGGCGAGCCCACACGUGGGAAACGCGGUCAAGGUUUUGGACGUGCUGUACAAGGCGGCCCCCGGGUUGCCGGACGUCCAACUUCUGCUCGGACGUGCCAAGUACGUGGAUGCGGACUUCGAGGGCGCGCAGCGCGCGGUCGCGGCCGCGCUGCGGCUCGAGGCCGCGUCGGCCGAGGCGAACGUGCUCCAGAGUCAGAUCUACCUGGCCGCCGGGCAGCUGGAACAGGCGGUCGCGCACGAAUUCUCCAUGCCCCCUCAACUGCAUCUGGCCGGGGGGCAGCCCGAGGAGGCCGUCAAGGUACUUGAGGGCGCAAUGAGCCUUCCUGGAGUCAAACACGUGGCGCGCCGACCGAGCAUGACGUCAGCCGGAGGGUCUCAACCGGGCACUCCUUCCGCGGCUUUGAGCGACCGGGUGGAUAUCUAUCUGACGCUCGCGGCCGCGCAGCUGAAGCUGGGGCACGUGCCGGAGGCGACCAAGGUGGUCCAAGACGCGAUGAACGAGUUCGCCGGAACGCCGGAAGAGGUCCGCGUGAUCAUCGCCAACUGCGAGCUGUCACUCGCGCGCGGGGACACUGACGUGGCGCUCUCCUAUUUGCGGGCCAUCCCCAAGGACAGCCCGCAGUUCGUCAAGGCGAAAGUGGCUAUGGCGGAUAUUCUGCUCAAGCACCGCAAAGACCGCGCCGCAUACGCGCAGAGCUACGCUGAGUUGGCAGAACGGUUCAAGACGCCGCAAGUGUACAUGAUGCUGGGGGAGGCGUACAUGCGCAUCCAGGACCCGGCGAAAGCCAUCGCCGCCUUUCAGGAAGCGCUUCGGCGGAAUCCAAACGACGCUGCUCUAGUUGCCCGCAUCGGCCGCGCGCUGGUCCAGACGCACAGCUACGCCAAGGCGCUCGCGCACUACGAGGCCACGCUCACCGGCGGCCACGUGGCACCCGGCGCCGAGAAACGCGGGAUGCAGUACGAUCUUGCGGCGCUCUACUUCAAGCUCAAGAAACUGGACGAGUGCGAGCGCGCGCUCGCGCAGAUUUUGGAACGCGGGGCUGCGGACGACGAUGAAACUUUGGGCGACGCGCAGGCGUUGAUGCAGGAGGUCCAGGCGCUGCUACUGCUGACCAAGGUCCACCAGGCGCGCGGGAAGAAGGACGACGCGCACGGCGCGCUCCUGCGCGCGCGCACCGCGCAGGAGGCCGUCCUCGCCAAGACGCGGCUCGAGCAGCCCGACACCGUGCGCGUGCAGAAACAGAUUGCCGCCGACAUCUGCCAGAUGCUCGCGCGCGACAGCGAGGCCGCCAAGGCGCCCGACGCGGCCGCGGGGUUCUACCACGAGGGUUUGAAGCAGGCGGAGGGGCACGUGCCCACAAUGCUCUCGUUAGCGCGGCUCUACCUCCAAACGGGCGACCUGGACGCGUGCCAGGCGCAGUGCACGGCGCUGCUGCGCGUGGACGCGACCAACGCUGACGCGAGCCUGAUGAUCGCUGACGUCAUGUGCCGCAAGGAGCAGUACGACUCCGCGGUGUACCACUUCCAGCAGCUCCUGGAAAAGGCGCCCUGCAACUACGGCGCGCUGCACCAGCUCAUACAGCUCAUGCGGCGGUGCGGCCGCCUCUCUGAAGUCCCCGCGCUGUUUAAGAACGCGGAGAAGGCGAACCCGCACGCGGAGGUGGAGGCGGGGUACCGAUUCUGCAAGGGGAUGUACGCGCGCCACAGCUGCGCGCCCAACGACGCACUCAAAGAGCUCAACCAGGCUCGGCGGGAUUCGGAGUGGAGCGUCCGGGCGGCAUACGCUAUGGCGGAGGUUUAUCUCAACCCGGAGAACGAAAACCUGUGGGAGGAGGGUCAGAGCGACGCGGGGGAGAAGGUUGGCCCGGGGGAUAACGCCGAAGCAACCAAGGCCGCUAAGAAAGUGCUGCAAGAAAUCGCGACGUCGUCUAAAGGUCCACUCCCGCUGCGGCACACGGUGCUGGAGAGCUACGCGCUGAUGGCCAGCAAGCAAAAGGCGGACGUCGAGGCUGCGCUGGCGAAACUACACGAGGUUGUGAAGGAGGACAUGGAGUCGGCGCCGGGGCUGCUGGCGAUGGCGACCGGGUUCAUGCUGCUGAAGCAGUCGCCCAAGGCUAAGAACAUCCUGAAGCGCAUCCAGCAGAUGAGCUACUCGGCGGAGGACGGGGACGAACUAGAGCGGGGCUGGCUCAUGCUCGCGGACGUGUACAUCCACGGGGGGAAGCACGACGCGGCGCAGGACCUGUGCACGCGGUGCAUCCGGUACAACCAGUCGUGCGGCAAGGCCUGGGAAUACUUGGGCCAGAUCCUAGAGAAGACUCAGUCGUACCAGGACGCUGCGCAGAAAUACGAGAACGCGUGGCGCCACACAAACGAGGCCAGCCCAAGCGUGGGCUACCGGCUGGCGUAUACGUAUCUCAAGGCGAAGCGGCUGACGGAGGCGAUCGACGUAUGCCAUAAGGUAAUCAAGGCGUCUCCGAACUACCCAAAGAUCCGGAAAGAGGUUCUUGAGAAGGCGAGGUCCCAGUUGCGUCUAUGAUAUGUCAGACCGCCCGUUAACAUGUAGUAUCAAGCAUCUGAAUGGACAAGCUGGAAAACAUUUAACGUAUAUAGAUCAAGGUCCCCUAGGUCGCCUUCCUCUGCACGUCUUGCAGCGAGUUGGACCUUCUCUUGACAGGAAGAGAUAUUGAAAGGGUCUUUCAUUUGAUUGACGCCUCGAGCGCGCCUGACGGACUUAAGACGAAGCAAUUCAACGAGCAUUCUGCGUUGUUUUCCGUCUGUAAGGAUUUGAUGCGCAUA